AAGGAAAAAGAAAAGAAAAAGAAAAGAAAAAGAAAAGAAAAAGGCGGCCCAGAAGAAAGGAUUUGUUGUCAUCUCUUGGCGGCUUUCGUAAAGCAGAACGAAUAUGAGAUGAUAAAAAUAUGUGUGAAAAUAUGAAGUCGCGCCUACAACCUACAACCAUCACGACUUGGGGCGCUGAUGGGCAAUGACAACGGCCAAGCAUGAGAGCGCCCUGAGUGGUGGGGGGUGUUUUGCAACGCGACACGCCCCCUCUCCUCGGCGCGACUUUUUCCUGUCGGCCGACCGACCCCUCAUCGCUUGUUUAUAUUCAUUAUUUUCUCUCUUUUUUUUCUUUUUUUAUCCCACUCAUUUCUUUUUCUCCCUCUUGAAUUGAUACCCCGCGUACUCUGUCAAUGCCCUCGAUGCAGCCCAUUAUUACGUACGUCUAGCCUUGUCCAUGUAAAAGAUCUUGGCCGCCUUUUUGACCGCUACCUACCGCUGUUUGUGCAUGUCCUUGUGUCAUGUCAUGCGCCUGGCAGGACUCUCCCUAACGGAGUCUUCAAACCCUAACGAGGUCUUCAAACCCUAACGGGGUCUUCAAACAGCUGGACAGCUUCUACGCGUGACCCCACCAGCCACUGCCUGCCGGAGCCAACUCCCGUCGAUUGGCGGGGUCCCGGUUCCGGCCUCUAGAGUAUUGGAAGAGAGUUUGGCAAGGCUUCAACCCUCCAUCGCGCGGUUGACAUGAAAAAGAAGAAGAAAAGGAAAGAGAGCCCCACAAAAUGUGUGUUAGUAGUCUACGACGGCGCUAGGCCGCGUUAUCGGCCAACGGGAGUCUUGAAAAGUCGUUGGGAGCAAACCCGACGAAAAUGAUGCGGGCGUCGAGAGGGCGUUCUAGGCCUACGUGGAAGCAGAUCUUCUCCUCCCUUGGCUAGUGUUGCUUGAGCGUUGAGAAGACAAGGAGGAAACAACCCGGCAGACAGGGCAUGCAUGCUCGUUUGCGGAUGCGAGAUGUCAACUCCCCCCUCCCGACCUGAGGCGCACGUCACAGAUGGCGGCCCCACCUCGGUGAGGUGUGGAAGAACGCUUAGCAGGAACCAGCAGGCCUCAGUCGACAGGGUCAUCCCACUGGGUUGUGUUUACCAAUACCUUGGCAACACGAAGUGCAUCCAUCGCCCAUGGACAUAUUCCGAUGGUGUGUGUAUGCCGACAAGCUCCAGGCCCUGCGGUAUCGCGUCUCUUUUGCCCGAUGCCCUCACCAGGCCCGUCCCCGCAGCUCCGCUACCGCAUAUGCAUGCCUGCCUAGUGUAGGUGGCUACAUACACCUGCUCACACAUACGCAACACAUGUCAAAGUCGAGGAUCCUCGGGGCGACGCGCCUCCCUCGUGUCGGAGCGGCCGGUGGGGGGGGAGAGGAGUUCUGGAUCGCGACGGGAGGAGGAACGAUGGCUCAGCCAACACGCCCCGAGGGGUCUGGAACCAUCGUGCUGGAAUAUGCAGGCUACUCCAGCUCCAUAAACCACGACAUGCUGCACCGCCAGUUCACCAUGGUGGCAGAACACACUAUCCAACGCACACCCCUCCCAACGAAAAACAGCCGGGUCUGCUGCCCGGUUACAUGGCACUCAUUCCAGGUCUCCGCUGUUUCCGAGACCCCCAAGUCUCGGGCGCUUGCUCGGCCUCCAGGGCGAGAUCAGGGAAGCGAGAGGCCGGCGGAAACAGCAACCGACCGGCGCCGCCGCACCGUGGGGGGAAGAGUCAACGACGAAAAAGACCCGGCCGGUCCUCCCGUCCGUCGCCCCGGGAUGGAGCCGCCUCGGCUCCUCGGCAAGCCCUCCCUCCUGUCCCUGUCUGUCUAUCUGCUUACAUACUACCUCCCCGAUUGA